AUUUUGAUAAGUAUUUUUAAUUUGAAUAAAUUAUGAUUUAAGCGUGUUAUCGCCGGGUAAUAGGGAGGUUUAAUCACAGAGCGCUUUCAUGGCAAAAUGUCACAGUUGAGUUGUUGCCUUUGUGUAGCGUGAACGAAAAAAGAAAUGUGCGAUAAAGAUGUCGUUGUUUCUGACUUUGGAAUUUAGGCGGGAGAUUGUUAAGAUAAUGAUCACUUACGAUUGUUCUAUAACUGUAAUAUACAGUAUUUUCACUUUGUUUUUCUGUUUCAGGCUUGGGUUUCAAGAUGCCUCACACAGGGCAAGCGGGCGUGAAUCAGCUCGGCGGCGUGUUCGUCAACGGGCGGCCGUUACCCGACGUGGUGCGCAAGCGCAUCGUAGAGCUCGCCAUCAUGGGCGUGCGACCCUGUGACAUCAGUAGACAAUUGCUGGUAUCCCAUGGCUGCGUGUCCAAGAUCCUCACGCGAUUUUACGAGACGGGCAGCAUUAGACCGGGCUCCAUAGGCGGAAGUAAAACCAAGCAAGUCGCGACCCCGACCGUGGUCAAGAAGAUCCUGCGCCUUAAGCAGGAGAACCCCGGCAUGUUCGCGUGGGAGAUCCGCGAGCGGCUGCUGAGCGCGCGCGUGUGCGAACCCCACUCCAUACCCUCUGUGUCGUCUGUGAACAGGAUCCUGAGGAACAGCGGGCUAGCGUGGAGCGAGGAUGAAGGCAGGAGCGAUUCCUACCAACCAUCAGAACCUCAAAACGUCAUGGAUUACAUGUCGCUGAAGAACCUACCACCAGCUAUGCCAUCUCAGCAGAACCCACCGUACUUCGCGCACACUGCAGUCAGAAUCCCACCUCCUCAACCCUCGGAGCCGCUCUACGACAGGCGGCUGGCCACCUCCUGGCUCCUAGCCAACCAGGUCCAAGCUCAAGGCCUCUUGAAACCCUACCCCAUAUCCCCAUGGCAGAGAAUCAUGAUCCCCUACCAUCCGGACUCGAAAAAUUUCUCACCAUACGCCAUUAAUCUGCACAACGAUCUUUUAACCAGGAUCAAUCCAGACGAAGUGAAGUCCGAAAAUUCUGAGCACAUUUCUGUCGAAACCAGCGACGAUAGUAGAGAUAAACCUGAGACGGAAGAAGAAAGAAAAACGCCGCUUGAAAAAGAGAAGAAGAAAAAUCCUUACUCUAUCGAAGAGCUUCUGAAGAAGCCAGACAAGAUGGUCAAUUCGAAGCCGGUCGUGUUCCAGAACUUUCUGCGACAACCCAGCGGGAGUAUGAUAGAGUAUGGAAGGGAGAAGGACUCUAGUAACAGAAGCUCGCCUGCCAGCUUUUGCUCGGGGCAGAGUUCCAACGAUGGCUUCGCAGAAUCGGAAAGGCCUGAAAUAAAAGCAGGUCACUAAAAUGUGAUAGGCAGCUGUUUAUCACUGGCCAUUGUAAUAAUAUUUAAAUCAGUACCUAUUGUUUUAGAGAAAAAUGUAUAAAUAAAUUUGCCAUAAUUCGGAAGAGAUUAUCGUAGUGUUAUCUUACUCUUGCAUUUGGUUAGGUAUUUUAUUUGGAUGUAAUUUAGUGUUGUAUAUAUAAUAUAUCUAGUAAUAAAUCCUUUAAAUUGGUCGACGCUGAAUAUUUUUGGAUGGGAAUAAGUUUCGUGCCAUACAAAACUGACUUUCACCAGUGAUAGAACACCUAAACUAUGAAUUCCAGUGACUAUUAUGCUGAAACAAAAUAACUUUAGUAAACAAACUAUUGUUAUGAAAUAAAAUAAUUGUUUGUUGUUAGAAUAACUUAAAAACUUAUUCCUUGUAAUUCUUUGUUAUAAUCUUAAUUAGAUGUAUUUCUUU